AUGCACGGUGAUCGGCGGUGCGCUGUGUCCCUAGGACACAGCGGAUCACGGAAAGAGCCGAAGAUGUCGGCUCGAUCAUGUGAUCAGCUGUGUCCAAUCACAGCUGAUCACAUGUACACUGAUCAUCAGGGCACUGAUGAUCAGUGUGCCCUGAUGAUCAGUGUAGCCCCAGCAGUGCCACCUGUCAGUGUCCAUCAGUGCCUUAUGUCAGUGCUCAUCAGUGCAGUUCGUGCCAGUGCCCAUCAGUGCCACAUCAGUGCCACAUAUCAGUGCCUACCAGUGCACCUCAAUGCCACAUAUCAGUGCCCAUCUGAGCUGCCUUUCAGUGUCACCCAUCAGUGCCAGUCAGUGCCACCUAUCAAUGCCAAUCAGUGCCGCCUAGCAGUGCCUGUCAGUGCCGCCUAUCAGUGCCAGUCAGUGCUGCCUAUCAGUGCCAUAUAUCAGUGCCAUGUAUCAGUGCUGCCUUUCAGUGCCCAUCAGUGAUGCCUGUCAAUGCCCAUCAGUGCCACCUACCAGUGCCUCCUCAUCAGUG